UUAUGAAAAAACUUAUUUGAGAUAAUUUCAAAUGAUAUUGCUCUAAUAGCUCUACCCUUUUCCAAAAAAAAUGUAAAUAUCUAUACUUGCUAUUGUAUGGUUGUUUUUUCUAGUUACACAAAUUCAUAAUCAAAGUGAUUUGAAACCGAACGAGAAUAGAACAUUAACCACUAUUAUAUGAUUGGUUAAAAUUAAUUUUUAUUAUAUUCAGAAUAAAAGUGAAGAUCCAAUCACUCCCUUAAUAAUUACAAUUAAUAAUCCGUUAUGUGUUGUGCAUUAGACUAAUAUAUACACACAUACUGCAUAGUUUCACAUUCGCCAAAAAAUUUGCAUUUCUAUUCUCUCUCAAACCCCACGUUAAGAAAAACAAAAACCCUUACUAAAAAACAUGUUGCGUCUUCUGACACUCUCUCUAGCUCUCAUUGCUCUCAUCAACUCAUCAAACAUCCCGAUAACAACAGCAACUCCACCAGGCAUAAACCAAAACGACAAAAAGUUCGUUCAAACCGCAUGCAACUCAACACCAUACCCUACAAUGUGCUACUACUCAUUGUCCUCCUACUCUUCAACCAUCAAAUCCGACCCCAUCAAACUCUGCUUAACAUCGCUCAACGUCAACCUCAAAUCCGCCAAAAGCGCCUCGUCCAUCGUCUCUAGCCUUCUCAAAAAGGUCGCCUCCAGUCCUGAGGCUCCGAAUAUCCUCAAGGGCUGCCUGAAGGAGAUGAAGGAUACCGCCGACGAGCUCAAGAAAGUGUUCCCCGAGAUCAUCAGAGCCGGAAGAAUCUCAAAGGGGGAGAUUAAAAGGAAGUUGGAAACGUGGGCGAGCUCGGCGGCGAUAGAUUUGAUCCCGUGUAUUAAAAAGUUCGAGGAAGCAAGUGAGAAUGUGGAGAUAAAGAAGGUGAAGAAAGCUGUAUCUGCGCUUUCAAUGACUACAAGCAAUACUUUGGCCCUUAUGACCAGAUACCUACGUUUCUGAAUUAACCAUUAUAUAUUCACCUCAUUUCUUUUGCAUGUGUAUGUUUUCUUUUCUUUUUUGUUUGCUUAUUAAGUUGUUACGUUUUCUUUUAUUUAUGUCAUAAUUAAUAAGUCAUAUGAAUUCCAAGUUUCCAGAAGUGUGUACAGUUUUCGAAUUACUUAACCACAAUGUGCAUUCGAAGUUGAAGUACCAUUCUAUACUCUCCGCAGAAUAUUAAUAAAUUCUAUAAUAUGUUUUGGACUUUUCGUACUUCAUCGACGACUUGACGUGUUCACAUGGUAGUCUCAAACUGUAACUCGUAACGACAAUCAAAAAUAAUUACAUGCAAGUAACAGAAUGAUAAAUGGUGGCUGGCUGGAGAGGCAAUGCUGCCACUUAAACGAGAGAUCACUUAAUUUUUGAGUGUUCAUUUUCUGCGGGUUUAGAGAGGCACGAUCAGGGGGCUUGCUGGCACAUGUACUCUGUUCAAUGGCCUAUUUUGUUGCAACAAUUGGUGAUAUGCUUACAAGACAGAUUAUCAACCUUUCUAUUUCGCUAUUGUUUCCAAGCGGUAGUUUAUGCGAUUUGGUAUGAGAGCAACACUCGCAGAGUAGGAGAGGCUCCUCAACCUGCUGCUCGACUCUUCAUCUUUUUGUACAAAUUGGUCCGAAACAAAAUCUCUUCUUUAAGAAAGAAAACUAGAAACAAAUAUGAGAAAGUCACGUAGAUAUGAUUUGGAUGUAGAUAAUAUUUUCAUUUCUUUCUAUAAAAACAUACUAUAGGUUUUACUUUCUACACAAAGUAGCAUUAGGUUAUACAAAGUUUUUUUGAAGUGAAUAAAAUUUAAAUUUCUUUCAAAAAAAAAAGAAAAAGAUAAAUGAUGGACUUUGGGCAACGACUCUUCUGAAUGAAAAACGCGAGAAAGAGGCAUCUUUUUUUGCAAAUAAUAUUAUUUUUUUCCAAAUAAUAUUUUACAGAGGUUUAAGUAUAUAUGGAUCAACAUGUCAGAAGGAUUCCUAUUUCAUAUCCCAUGAUGAGCGGUUCCAGUUGUGCACAUUGCCGUUGACCUUAGGGCUCUUUCACUAGGAGGGUUUCGUAGAUUUUUCCUGAUAUUAACAAACAUUAAUCUAGACUUACGAGCCAAAAAGUUAUCUUAACAUUUAAAUUGAAAGAAAUUAAUAAAACACAUAAAACAGCAAACACACAUGCGGAUCGGGGGCGAUUUGGACGUAGGCGGUCCGAUUUGACCUCUCUUGUUCAAUAGAUCGUAGAAAGAACAAAAAAGAUCACCCAUGGAGGACUGUGACAUUUUGCCCAACUUGGAGCUGUCCGUCUCAAAAUCUCGACAAAACAUGUCCGUUAAACUUUUUUAAUCUUUGUCCACAUAACUUUUAUAAAUGAACUAAAAAAUAUUUCAAAUAUCAAUAGUUGUUCCAAGCUGUUUUUAAAAGUUUGGUUACGGAUCGUUGAUGAUAUUGUUGGGCCAAACCCAAAAGCCAUGCAGGCCUAUCGGAGAUUCUGCUCUACUUCUAUGAGUUCUGUAGCUAACUCAGAUUAAUGCCAUCAAAGAUGACCUGAAAAUGGUUUAAAAGAUAAGAUUGCAACAUCCUCUACAUGGCUUACAUAAAUUAUUGCUUCGAACACCGUAAGCCCGUAAGUACAUGACAUAACAAUGUGGCAACUGGCAAGCGAAACCUGAUAUUGACUCAAAGACAAACCAAACACACAUUUCUUGAAAACACAAAAGAAAACAAACCCAAGAGAAAAACACUCAGUCCCCCAAGACCACAAUAUCUUCAAUGCUUGGAA